AUGACCAAAUCCAAAGAGGAUGAAAGAUGGAUCGUUAAUUCUUCCCAAGACUCAGCAGACUUGGAUUCGCCAAAAUUCGCAUACACUCUAAAAAUUGACUCUCAAUUACCUCCCUCAGGUUUUUUGCAUUCAGUGGUCAUGAUUAUUUUGGUUGCG